AUGAGCAAGCUCCUCGCACAAGGAUGGGACUUUUCCCAUCCGGCAAAAUCUCGCGAAUUCUGUGGUUCCAGCUUAACAUCAAUCAUCAAUAUCAAUAUCAAGUGGUCAGAGUCCUUCUCGGUUAGUUUUCUCAUCUACUUGGAAAUCAUGCGAAGAAAAUUCAGGAAAAAGCUGCAAAGACGUCUUUCAGCAGCAGAUAUGGGCUGGACCAAAAGAGAAUGUUCGGCUUAAGAAAAUCCAGCUCUGCCCUCUACGACAUAAUGUUUUGAUUUCUCGGAUAGCGGCGAUCCUCGAAGAAUAAACAAGAGGUAAUUAUCAAAAAGUAGAGUCUCCAUUGAUAAAAGGAAAAUUUCAGUUUGAAGCGGACAAAGUCGGAAACUAGCCACCGCAUUUUCAAAAGUUUCGGAACAUUUAUCGUCGAAAAAAAGUAAUUUUCUCUAAAAUUACGCUCCAGGUUGGUAACCUUAUCUUAUUUACAGAAAAAAACAUUUUUAUUCAGAUUUCAAUAAUUUCAAACUCCAUGAUAUUAUACUAAUAUAAUCCUAUUUUCUACAUUUACCGGUCCCAACUCUCAUCCGGGCUUUGAAUAGUUACGCUUCAGGUGGGUAACCUUAUCUUAUCAACAGGAAAAAAAGAUUUAUUUUAGAUUUCAAUAACAGCGAACUUCAUACUAUUAUCAGAAAGCCGAUCAGUUCUACUCAUAUCAUCAUUUUCUCUAUAUUUACCCGUCCCAAUUGGAAUUUGGUCUUGGAAAAGUCUCCCCAAGGUUGAUUAAUUUUCGAAAUUCGAAAAAUAUUCUCAUUUUUUCAGAUUGA